AUGCCACUCACUUUGAAUCCAUCAAAUAGCGACACCCGCAAGUUCAAGGUCGCAGCCAUACAGGCCGAGCCCGUGUGGAUGGACUUGAAGGGAAGCGUAGAAAAGACCGUUCGGCUCAUCAAAGAGGCAUCUGCCUCUGGUGCGAAAGUCAUUGGCUUCCCCGAGCUAUUUAUCCCUGGUUACCCAUGGACCCCUUGGGCGAACGACUUCGUUACCUGCCAACCCGUUCUCAAAGAAUACCAGGCAAAUGCCUUGGCUGUACAUUCCCCUGAAAUGAAGGAAAUUUGUGAAGCAGUCAAGGAGGCAGCCGCAACAGUUGUCCUCGGAUUCGCUGAAACUGACGGCGGCUCGCUGUAUAUUGCCCAAGUCACCAUCACAUCCAACGGAGAAAUCGCGAACCACCGUCGAAAGAUCAAGGUUACACAUUAUGAAAAGACAAUAUUUGGGGAUGGAAGUGCUCCAUCGAUCCAUAACGUUGUGCAGACGGAAUGGGGCCGCGUCGGAAGUCUGAAUUGCUGGGAACACAUCCAGCCAUUCCUCAAGUGUCACUUCUAUGCACAACACCCACAGAUAUUCGUGGGUGGAUGGUGGCCAGCCUUCCUUCCUUACCAGGGAGGAGCUCCUUACAUUGUCAGCGGCGAGGCGUCCAGCCGCAUGUCACAGUUGGUAGCGAUGGAAGGCGGGUGCUUCGGCAUCGUUGGCUGCCAGGUCGUCAGCGAGGCUGGUGCCGCAAAGAUGAAAAUGACGGGCUUCCCGUGGUUCAAGUUCCCCGGCGGAGGUUUCUCUUGUAUUUAUGGCCCUGACGGUUCUACUCUCACCGAACCAGUGGACCCAGGUGUCGAAGCGAUACUUUACGCGGAGAUCUCGCUCGAUAAAAUCGCCGAAGUCAAGAUCGUGGCGGAUACUACGGGCAACUAUUCCCGGAAUGACCUAUUGCAUGUCGUGGCCCACGGAAAGAACUGGGAUAGAGUGAAGUACGAGGAUCCCGAGGAAGCUGCCGCAGCAGCAGCGCAUAGCCGAGAGAUAGACAACGUGGCUAGUGGGAAGUCGUUCUGA